CGCAGUGGCGCUUGAAGAACUCGAGAGGGGAGGACGCUCCACACAAGGGAGGAGAUUAACGUGCCGUAGCGACUGAGGGAACUCUCGACCGUGACACAAUCAACAUGAAGCUGAAGCUACCAAACCCGGGACUGGAUGAUCGGAUCCCUUCUCAUGGGGAACUGGAGAAGCUGGAAAUGGAUCAGGCGGGGGAUAGACCCAAGUGGGACAACAAAGCCCAGUACCUGCUCACCUGUGUGGGCUUCUGUGUAGGUCUGGGCAACGUCUGGAGGUUUCCUUAUUUGUGCCAAAGCCAUGGAGGAGGUGCAUUCAUGAUCCCCUUCCUACUCCUUGUGGUUCUGGAGGGAAUCCCGUUGCUGCACCUUGAGUUUGCCAUCGGACAGCGUUUGAGGAAAGGCAGCGUUGGCGUGUGGAGGUCGAUUAACCCGUACUUGACUGGAGUUGGUAUAUCAUCUUUGAUGGUGUCCUUUCUGGUGGGCAUGUAUUACAAUACCAUCAUGGCUUGGAUCAUGUGGUACCUCUUCAACUCCUUCCAGGAUCCUUUGCCAUGGAGCCAGUGUCCACUAAAUGCUAACCUCUCAGGUCUGGUGGACGAAUGUGCACGCAGCAGCACUGUGGAUUACUUUUGGUACAGAGAGACCUUGAACACAUCAGAGUCCAUUGAUGAAUCUGGAGGUCUGCAGUGGUGGAUGGUGCUGUCCCUGGUGGCCGCUUGGACCGUGCUCUAUGUCUGCUGCAUCCGCGGAAUCGAAACCAGCGGAAAGGCUGUGUACAUCACGUCUACUCUGCCGUACCUGGUUCUGACUAUCUUCCUAAUUAGAGGACUCACUCUGAAAGGUUCCUUUGAGGGAAUUAAGUUCCUCUUCACACCAGACGUGGAUGAGUUGAUGAAUCCUUCAACGUGGUUGGACGCCGGCGCUCAGGUGUUCUACUCCUUCUCGUUGGCGUUUGGAGGCCUCAUCUCCUUUUCUAGUUACAAUUCUAUCCACAACAACUGCGAGCAGGAUGCCGUUCUCAUUUCCAUCAUCAACGGCUGCACGUCGGUGUAUUCCGCCACCGUCAUCUACUCCAUCAUCGGUUUCAGAGCCACUGAAAAAUACGACGACUGCAUCGGAGGCAACAUCCUGAAGCUGACCAACGCCUUCGACUUAAGUGAGAACAACAUCACGGAGAGCAACUACGACAACAUGCUUAUGUACCUCAACCAAACCAGUCCGGAUAUUGUGAAGGAUUUGCAAAUCCAGACAUGUGACAUGCAGUUCUUCCUCAGUCAGGGGGUGGAGGGAACAGGUUUGGCCUUUAUUGUCUUCACGGAGGCCAUCAUAAAGAUGCCCGUUUCGCCAAUCUGGGCCGUGUUGUUCUUCAUCAUGCUCUUCUGCCUCGGUCUGUCCACUAUGUUUGGAAACGUGGAGGGAGUUGUGGUACCCAUGCAGGAUCUGAAUUUAUUACCCAAAAAAUGGCCCAAAGAAGUUUUCUGUGGUUUGUUCUGCUCUAUUUCUCUUGCCUUUGGCGUCAUUUUUGCCCAGCGCUCGGGGAAUUACUGGUUGGCUCUUUUUGACAACUUUGCCGGCUCCAUUCCUCUUCUGGUCAUCGGGCUUUGCGAGAUGAUCGCCGUUAUCUACAUUUAUGGCGUAGAUAGAUUUAAUAAAGAUAUCGAGUUCAUGAUUGGACACAAGCCCAACAUCUUCUGGCAGGUGACAUGGAGGGUGGUCAGCCCGCUCAUCAUGGUCAUCAUCCUGGUCUUUUAUUUCGUCACACAAAUCACAAAGUCUCUCACUUAUUUGGCCUGGAAUCCAGAAUCGGAGAACUUUCCCACCCUCGAAGUGCGAGAGUACCCGAACUGGAUUUCUAUUAUUGUCUUCAUCCUGGCCGGCGUUCCCAGUUUAGUCAUCCCAGCCGUGGCCCUCUUCAAAUGUUUGCAGAGGAGAUGCUGCAAACAAUCGGAUGUCAACGAUGACAAUGUGAAGACUAUCUCUGCUGAAAUCCACAUAAAUGACAAAAUGAGGUAUUAGCUUGGUUCUACUUGGUUUGGGAUUUUUCUUUAAUCUAUUAGUACUCUUUAUAGGAGUGUUUAUUUUCAUUUUAUUUUUUUGCGAAAACUGCUAUGUAAAUCUUCCAACGCACAUUUGUGUUGUUAAUAGUGAAUUUGUCAUAGUGCUGCUGGAUUAUUGUGAUAUUUAAUAUUGUGUGUACUAUUCGUGUAAUGUGGAGUUAUUAUUUUAAUUAAUCUGUGAAUAAUACCUAUUUUAACAGUGAUGGAUCAAUAAA